UUAUGGCGACAUUGAAGAUGAGCUGCAGACUAUGGCAUCUCACAAGACGUGCAUGCAAGAAACAAUGGAUGUUCUUUAUGAACGGCAUCGGUCAUUUAUGAAGCAUAAAACUUUUAUUUUCAGAUUGUCUAGAUUGAAACGGAAACAAGAUGCAUGUAUUAGGACUAUGAAGGCUUUGACUAACGAGCUUAUUACAAAGAAACGAGUAGAGUUCAAGAAAGAAUCAGCAUCAGAGACUUUAUUGGACUUCUUACUGGGGCUGGAAGUUCAAGGAGUCUCCUCUGAAAAGAACACAGUUGAUGAAAUCAAUGGAAUUAUUUUUGGCGGUUACAGCACUCUAGUGAAUUCUUUGACUUUUAUAUUAGUCAUGAUUGGAUCCAAUCCUGAAGUGCAGGAACGUGUUUAUACGGAAAUUCAAAAUGUAUUGAGUGAUUCAACACGAGAAGUAAACAUGGACGAUCUGAAUAAUUUCAUUUAUUUGCAUGCUGUGAUUUUAGAAGUUUUGCGUUUAUAUCCAGUAGUUAGCAUUAUAACAAGGAAAACAAAGAAUUCUAUGGACCUUAGUAAAUAUGCCAUCGACCCUGGCAGCAACUGCAUGUUAUUCAUCCAUGCCAUGAACCGCCACCACUCCUGGGGAGCUGACAGAGGAGCCUUCAAGCCUGAGAGGUGGCUGGAUGGGACCUCAAGACCACCGUAUGCUACAUUUGGCUUGGGAAGACGUUCGUGUAUUGGCAAGAAAAAGAAGAAAAGAUAG